CCCUAGAGCUUUGAAAACCCCGAAGAGAAAGAAACCUCAACACCAUGCUUGGGAUACUGAACUCGUGGUAUAAGAAGAUUGCUGGCUUGCCGCCUCCAACAAGCGUUGUGUUCCUCCCGAAUGACCUCAUACUGAAGAUCAUGGCGUCUCUCCCCAGCAAUGAUGUUGCUAGAAUGGCAUGUGUUUGUUCCAGAUUGCGCUGUUUGGCUUCAGAUGACGAUUUAUGGAAGCACAUGUUCUUGGAGAGGUUCGGCAAUAUGGAGAGGCUGCAUGGUGAAGGUACAAGUGGUGAUGAUUUAUGGAAGCACUUUUUGGAGAUGUUCGGCAACAUGGAGAGGUUGCAUGGUGAGGAUCCGGGCAUAGUCACUGAAAAAGAACUCCACUGGAAAGAGAAAUUCGCAAAGUGCUGGAAGGAGGAUUUGGAUUGGAGACCAAAACUAAGGGAUAGAAUGGUAAGUACUCCUGGGCGAUUUUGCGGUGAGGGCGAUUUGGUGUGCUCCCAGGUUCUCUCUCUCAUUAUGAUCUGUUCGUUUCUCUGGUUAAUUUGAUUUCUUUGUUUGUUGAUAGAUUUUGUCAUGGAUUUGGUAGAAUUUCCUGCACUUCCUACUAGAUCUAAGGGGGGUGUUUUUUCAGUUCGCACCCUAAUUAUGCUCAUUCUGGGUCUGAACCCUAAUUUUGUUCAUUCUGACU